AUGCAGAGCAUUGUAUUCAAGAAGAAUGAAGAUAUUUACUACCAAAUCAUGGCUUUGGCAUCUGCAAGAGUUAUUUUGAAUCCUAUUCUCCGCAAAACUAUCAAGCAAAUUCUCUUCAGUCGACAUUUUUCAAAAUGUCAACGAAGAAGUUUGGUGUGCUCGCAGUUAUACUUGCCUCAAGUAACAUCACAGAGGCUAUAUGCCGAGAAAAAAGUGUUCAACCGAGAUAAACCACAUUGCAAUGUGGGCACAAUUGGUCAUGUUGAUCAUGGCAAAACAACAUUGACUGCUGCAAUCACCAAAGUGUUGGCAGAACAAGAGCUAGCCAAUGCUAUGGGUUACAGUGAAAUCGACAAUGCCCCAGAAGAAAAGGCUCGUGGAAUCACCAUAAAUGUAGCGCACAUUGAAUAUUCCACCGCAAAUCGUCACUAUGGACACACUGAUUGUCCAGGACACGCUGAUUAUAUAAAGAACAUGAUCACAGGAACAGCGCAGAUGGAUGGUGCUAUUUUAGUCGUCGCUGCAACUGAUGGUGCUAUGCCGCAGACACCUGAUGCUGAAAUGAUUGAGUUGGUAGAGAUGGAAAUCCGGGAAUUAUUAUCAGAAAUGGGUUACGAUGGAGAUAAAGUACCAGUAAUAAAAGGUAGCGCUUUGUGCGCAUUGGAAGGAAAGAAUCCCGAAAUAGGAAGUCAGGCUAUCAUGAAACUGUUGGAAGCAGUCGAUGGCCACGUACCUACACCAAUUCGGGACUUGGACAAGCCAUUUAUGAUGCCCGUGGAGAACGCUUACUCGAUCGCAGGUCGUGGAACUGUCGUAACUGGUCGUCUCGAGCGCGGAAUCAUCAAGAAGGGAAUGGAAGCCGAGUUCAUCGGAUACAGCAAAUCUUUAAAAACCACCAUCACCGGAAUCGAGAUGUUCCAUCAGAUCUUGACUGAAGCUCAUGCCGGUGACCAGCUUGGAGCUCUCGUCCGAGGAUUGAAGAGAGACGACAUAAGAAGAGGAAUGAUUAUGUGCAAACCCGGUACCAUGAAAGCCUACGAUCAUCUGGAAACUCAGGCAUACAUUCUCAGUACUGAAGAAGGUGGCAGAAAGAAACCUAUUCCUAACUUAAUACAAAUCCAGAUGUUCAGCAAGACUUGGGACGUCGCUUGUCAGGUUUCUAUUCCAGACAAACCCAUGGUCAUGCCUGGAGAAGAUUCUAAGCUUGUGUUGAAGCUGUUCAGACCGAUGGUACUCGAAAAAGGUCAGAGAUUCACGCUUCGUGAUGGAACGAUCACUUUAGGUACCGGGGUGGUCACCAACGUCCUCAAACCACUGAAUGAAAAAGAUCGACUGUUAUUAACCGUGGGAAAGAAGAAGCGUGCAAAAUUAACUGCUGAGGCUGCUAAUUAG